GGGCCUCCGCUUAACCCCAAGGGACGCGGCGAAGGUCGGGGCAUGGCGAGGACUUAAGGGCGAGCAACGCAGUCCCAUCGACCCCUUCCAACGCGGCCGCCUGCGGGCUGAGGGAGGGCGGUGGCUCCGUGUCGAAAGUGCAGAGCCGACCGCGCAGGCGCUGCCCUCGCCUGGUGGGGAACAAAGGGAGCGCGGCCGGCGGCGACCGGAAUUACAAAUAUAAUGUCAGGUGGCUGAAAAUUUGCCUAUCAAAAUGUCAAAAAGGCCAUCUUAUGCUCCACCUCCUACCCCAGCUCCUGCAACCCAAAUGCCCAGCACACCAGGGUUUGUGGGAUACAAUCCAUACAGCCAUCUGGCCUACAACAACUACAGGCUGGGAGGGAACCCGGGCACCAACAGCCGGGUCACGGCUUCCUCUGGUAUUACCAUUCCAAAGCCCCCCAAACCCCCAGACAAGCCCCUGAUGCCCUACAUGAGGUACAGCCGGAAGGUCUGGGACCAAGUGAAGGCGUCCAAUCCUGAUUUGAAGUUAUGGGAAAUUGGCAAGAUUAUUGGAGGAAUGUGGCGAGAUCUCACUGAUGAAGAGAAGCAAGAGUAUUUGAAUGAAUAUGAAGCUGAAAAGAUAGAGUACAAUGAGUCCAUGAAGGCCUACCAUAAUUCUCCUGCAUACCUUGCCUACAUCAAUGCAAAAAGUCGUGCUGAGGCUGCGUUAGAAGAAGAAAGCCGGCAAAGGCAGUCACGCAUGGAGAAAGGUGAACCUUACAUGAGUAUACAGCCAGCAGAAGAUCCAGAUGAUUACGACGACGGAUUUUCUAUGAAGCACACAGCUACAGCUCGUUUCCAAAGAAACCAUCGUCUCAUCAGUGAGAUACUGAGUGAAAGUGUGGUUCCUGAUGUCCGCUCUGUUGUCACUACAGCUAGAAUGCAAGUUCUUAAACGUCAGGUUCAAUCCUUAAUGGUUCACCAGCGUAAACUGGAAGCUGAGCUGCUGCAAAUUGAAGAGCGCCACCAGGAGAAGAAGAGGAAAUUCUUGGAAAGCACAGAAUCCUUCAAUAAUGAGCUCAAAAGGUUAUGCAGUUUGAAGGUAGAAGUGGAUAUGGAAAAAAUUGCAGCUGAAAUUGCUCAAGCUGAGGAACAGGCUCGCAAGAGGCAGGAGGAAAGGGAAAAAGAAGCAGCUGAGCAAGCUGAACGCAGUCAAAACAACAUAGCAGCUGAGGAAGAACAGGCAGCUAACAAGAUGGAGGAGAAGAAAGAAGAGGAGAGUGCUCCAAUGGAGACAGAAGAGCCUCACCCAGAAGAGAGCACAGAAAACCAGCAGAAUGGUGAAGAAGGAACAUCUACCCCAGAUGAUAAGGAGAGCGGCCAAGAAGGGGUUGAUAGCACUGCAGAGGAAGGAACCAGUGAUAGCAACACUGGUUCAGAGAGCAAUAGCGCGACAGUUGAAGAGCCUCCUGCAGACCCUAUCACUGAGGAUAGUGAGAAGAAAGAAUAAAUAUUGACUUGUUUCAUGUGUCUCUUUUUAAUGAAGUACUGUUUUGAUUUCAAAAUGUGCUAAGCAGCUUUUGUAUCUUCCUUGCUUGUAUCACUUGUCUCCAAAGGAUAUUGGGUUUUAGUAACACUUUGUAUUAUCAGCAUAGUGACUUAAAGGGCCCUUUAGGGGCAAAGGGUAUCUUACAACAGACAGAAAAUAUCUCAUGUAUAAAUACAGUGAUAUAAUAUGAAGAGAUGUUAUUGUUUGGAAUUUCUUCCCCAGAAAGGUAACUGGUUUUGUUUUUAAUAUUAGAAAUCAGGAUUUUUUCCCCUCUUUCUAAUUACAUGCCCACAGUGAAAAUGCAGUUUUCCUUCAAGGCCCUUGUUCAGUUGUGGCUGAAUGAGAUGCAGAUGGGUAUCACCUCUCUGCUGGAUUCCUCUUAACCUAGCUUUGGUGAUGGACUGACGGCCCCCACACAUCUCUUGGUUAGGGUAAGGGAAUGUUACACUGGGAGCUGGGAAGCUUGUACCACGAUCACAGGCUGAUGAAGCAGCGUAAUUGAGAAACAUGCAGUUAACUGUACUCGCCUUCUAGACAGGGUCAAUGUUACUGAGGCAUCUUAAAGAUGACCUUAGUACUAAGUGAAGAUGCAUAACCCCUGUACUUUCCUUGAUCUAACAAAACAAACCACAGCAGCCUAGCACGAGUUACCACAACUAUUUCUGUUCUUGCUAUUAAUGAUGUCUACUGUAGCUCCCCAGUUCAACAGUUGUAAAGAAAGCUUUCAGUACUCCUAAAUAAGGCUGCUGCAACACUUGAACUUGUGUUGUUUUUUUGUAUAAUCUUUAUUGUAUGAAUGCAGUAGCUAUGCAACACGGAAGGAAUCUUGCUCGUGUUAUGCGUGCAAUACAUCUGGGGAUGCAUUUCCACAUGAUUAAGAGUUCAGUUGUCUUGAAGUAUAUGAAAUAUUGAGGGUUUUUUUCUGUGAUACAGGAUUAUUUUCAAAAAGUCUUUGCUCUUCUUCACUAUUUCACUCUUUUAUUUGCUACUGAGAUUAUCAUAAUAGGACCUCAGCCAGAGAUCUGGCAAAAUACAAAGCAGGAGAGAAUUGAAACAUGUUACUUGCUCUCAGAGAAAGUAGUCAUGAAUGCAACACAAACAGUAGAAAACAGUAGUUCUGCUUGCCAUGACCUUCCAAAACCUCUAGGAACUCUACAAAAGUAUUGAAAAUGCUACAUUUUGCCCUGGACAAACAGAAGCCCUAUCUGAAGAAGAAAAAAAUUACAACAGAUACAAGCUGUUCUAUCAGUUUCCUACUGUAAGAGGACACAUGAUGCAUAUGCUUCAAUAGUGUGUUUUUACAGCUGUUUUAUAAAUUUCCAACUAUAAGAGAACAUACGAUGCAUAUGCUUCAAUGAACUAGUGUGUUUUUAUGGAAUAGUGGGUAUAUGAGAUGGUAUUGUUUUUUUAAAUCCUUUUUUUUAAUGGUCUAAAAAUAAUAAAAUCCAACUUUUUUUUUAAAUUUA